CAAUACUCUUAUUACACUCGAGCCACUCUAACCCCACGUAAUUCAAAAAGACCUCCCUUGUUAUAAUUAGAAACGGUUUAUCGAAUGCUGUCCUUAAAAGGUCACCUAGGUGCCCAUGCUGCGAUCCAAAUGCUCGAUAUCUUCGUCGAGGGCGACUCCAUGCGUAGAUAGAAGAUAAUUAUGAUUUUGCCUAAACUCAAAUGUGCAAGCAAGGGGAGGUAAUAAUAAUACAUGAAACUGUGAGAACAGAGCGAUCUAGCCCGCCGGUACCACAAACGACAUAUCGCUAUCGGGGUGCUCGGCCUUUACCUUCUUUACCUUCUUUGUCCGGUGGAUUCGACUUCAUCCCUCUUCCAAUCUGGCCUCUCCACGCUCCCUCAAUCUCAGAACAUGGAAAUGGCUUCCUGGAGCGCGCCCCUGAGAGAACAAUACGCGCCGAUAAUCUCCUCGCCCUUGAAUCCGUCAAGACCCGAGGCAUCGAAGCGACGCAGGCGGAUAUACUACGCCCAAGUCACCAGACGCGAACAGAGUCCGACACAGAUACUGCUGCGCCGAAAGGCAAAUGUCGCGUGGAGAUUGAUGUCUUCGAGGGAUGGCGGCAUCACGAAUCGCCCCCAAACGAUAUACAAUGGCACGAAGACCACGACGACUAAGCCACAGGAGAACUACUACCCCAUCGGAACUAUUGCGGAAUACUAUUUACGGACCGAUUUGGAAUGCCAUGAUUUUGGCCUAGGGGUGGGCUUGAGGAGGGUGGAUAUGGAGAAGCAAGCAUUUGCUACUGGCGACUAUCAAGGUGGCUCGCUACCAGACGCGUAUCAGCUUUUGCACAUGUUAACGACGUGGCGGUCAAUGGCGACGAUGGGGGUCUUGUGCAUUGCUGGAGUUUUCUUGGCAAUCCGCGUGGUCGGUAUAGCUCAGGCUUGGCGAACGUGACAGUCAUAACUAUUGCUCAUAAGAGUACUCUUUUUGAGGACUCCUGUCUGCUGCUCGGAUACUAUCGUAAUGAGGAGCGAGGCCGAUUUAUCUAUCCCCCCAA